ACUCUUCUAUCAUUCUUACUCAUUUCUUGUGCUUAGUUCUCUCCAUAACAUUUCCAAUAUGGCUAAACACAAUAAGCUUCUAGGUUGUGCUUUCCUUUUCGUGCUAAGUAUAGGCCUUUGCUCGGCAACUAGGGCUCUUCUCACCUAUGGCGCAGGCCAUGGUGCUGAGGGAUAUGGAGGUGUCGCCGUUGGAGGUUAUGGUGGUGGUGGUGGUGGAGGUUCAGGCAGUGGUGGUGGUUAUGCUGGUGUAGGAGAAGGUGGUGCUGCUGGUUAUGGUAGCGGUGCUGGUAGUGGACAAGGUGGUGGUGCUGGAUAUGGAGGUGCUGGUGGUCAUGGAGCUGGUGGAGGCGGUGGAAGUGGAGGUGGUGGCGGUGCUGCUCAUGGUGGUGCUGGUGGUGCUGCUGGAUAUGGAAGUGGUGGAGGUCAAGGUAGUGGUGCAGGAUAUGGUGGUGGUGCUGCAGAGCAUGGAGCUGCAGGUUAUGGUGGUGGUGGAGGUGGUGGUAGUGGUGGUGGAGGCGGCGGUGGCAUUGGAUAUGGUGAUGACCACGGUGCAGGUUAUGGAGGUGGUGCAGGAACUGGUGCAGGCGGUGGUUAUGGAGGUGGUGGAGCUGGUGGUGCAGGUGGUGGUGGAGGCCAUGGUGGCGGAGGCGGUGGUGGAGGUGGUUCUGGUGCUGGAGCUGGAGGAGCUCAUGGAGGUGGAUAUGGUACUGGAGGAGGUGAAGGUGGUGGUUAUGGUGGAGGAGCAGGAGAAGCUGGAGGUGCAGGCGGUGGAGGUGGUGGAGGCCAUGGUGGUGGUGGCGGAGGUGGAGGAGGAACAGGUGCUGGUGCUGGAGGAGCUCAUGGAGGAGGUUAUGGUACUGGAGGAGGAGAAGGUGGUGGUGCUGGUGGUGGAGCUGGUGGAUAUGGUGGUGCAGGAGGUGGCGGUGGCGGUGGCUCUGGUGGAGGUGGUGGUGGCGGGUAUGCUGCUGGAGGUGCACAUGCAGGUGGUUAUGGAGGUGGUAGCGGUGCAGGAGAAGGUGGCGGCCAUGGUGGCUAUGCUCCAUGAAAUUAGUAUUUAUAUUUUUAAUCGUUUAAAGAAGAGCUUGUUCUUACUCACUAAAACUAUAAAAAAUAAUAGUACGAGUAAGAGAACUUUAAUAUUUUUAUAAGUAUUACGAAUGCCAAUUGUAUGCUCUUAAAUGUUGUAUGUUCUUCUUUAGCAAAAAAAAGAAAAGAAAAAAUGUUGUGUUUUCUUUAUAAUA